ACAGCCGAGCGACGGUCAUACUGCAGGCCAAUUUGGAAAAUUUCAGCGAAAAUUGAGAAAGAAAAGCGUGUUUGUGUAUCGAAAAGCCUCAGAAUUGGUGUGAAAAUGACCUCGCUGGACCCGGCGCCGAACAAGACGUGGGAGCUGUCGCUGUACGAGCUGCAGCGCAAGCCGCAGGAGGUGAUCACGGACAGCACGGAGAUUGCGGUCUCCCCGCGGAGCCUCCACAGCGAACUCAUGUGUCCCAUCUGUUUGGACAUGCUGAAGAAGACGAUGACCACGAAGGAGUGCCUGCAUCGCUUCUGCUCCGACUGCAUUGUGACCGCCCUGCGUUCCGGCAACAAGGAGUGCCCCACCUGCCGCAAGAAGCUCGUCUCCAAGCGCUCCCUGCGCGCCGAUCCCAACUUCGACCUGCUCAUCUCGAAGAUCUACCCCAGUCGCGAGGAGUACGAGGCCAUCCAGGAGAAGGUGAUGGCCAAGUUCAACCAGACGCAGUCGCAGCAGGCGCUGGUCAACUCGAUUAACGAGGGCAUCAAGCUGCAGUCGCAGAACAGGCCGCAAAGAUUUCGCACCAAGGGAGGAGGAGGUGGUAAUGCUAAUGGUGCUCCUACGGUAACAGCAGCACCUCCUGCUCCAGGUGCCCCCGCCGCCGUUGCCCGCAAUGCCUCUAAUCAAAUGCAUGUCCACGACACGGCCUCCAACGACAGCAACAGCAAUACGAACAGCAUAGAUCGCGAGAACCGGGAUCCCGGUCACUCGGGCACUUCGGCCGCCUCGGCUAUAACCAGCGCCUCCAAUGCGGCGCCCUCGUCGUCGGUUAAUUCCGGUGGCGGCGCCAGCACUUCGGCCACACGGAUGCAGGUAGACGACGCCUCCAAUCCGCCCUCGAUGCGGAGCACCCCAUCGCCGGUGCCCUCCAACUCGAGCAGUUCGAAACCCAAGCGCGCCAUGUCGGUGCUGACCUCGGAAAGGUCCGAGGAGUCCGAGUCCGACUCCCAGAUGGACUGCCGCACCGAGGGCGACUCCAAUAUCGAUACCGAAGGCGAGGGCAAUGGCGAGCUGGGGAUCAACGAUGAAAUUGAGCUCGUUUUCAAGCCACAUCCCACGGAAAUGUCGGCGGAUAACCAGCUAAUACGGGCACUCAAGGAGAAUUGCGUGCGAUACAUAAAGACCACAGCGAAUGCCACCGUCGAUCAUCUCAGUAAGUAUCUGGCCAUGCGGCUAACACUCGAUCUAGGCGCCGAUCUGCCGGAGGCCUGUCGCCUGCUCAACUUCUGCAUCUACGUGGCGCCGCAGCCGCAGCAACUGGUCAUCCUGAAUGGCAACCAAACGCUGCAUCAGGUCAACGAUAAGUUCUGGAAGGUAAACAAGCCCAUGGAAAUGUAUUACUCGUGGAAGAAAACCUAAGCAGUACGGCAGGUGUUUAGUUUUAGGGCGUUUAUUUCUGUACUGGAAAUAUUUCUAGAUGUAGAGCUUGACACGUAUAUAAAGCAUUCAUUAUAAAACAAAAUAUAUAUUUGAUUGUAAGUAAAAGUUGAAAGUUUC